GGCUCAGAGUAUUAUGCCUAAGUCACAUUCACACCCACACCCACACCCACACCCACACCACACCCACACCACACCCACACCCACACCCACACCCACACCCACACCCACACCCACACCCACACCCACACCCACCCUCAAGAUGCCUCAAUGCAUGGGACGUAUUUCACCUAACGCUCUUCAACGUCUUGUUUCCUAUAUUGAUCUAUUUGGCAAGCAUGACAUCUAUGUGAUUCUCACUCUUCAUCGUCAUUUAGAAUCACCACAAGUGUGGCAACAGGUAGCAGCUAUUCUCAGCAGAGUAAAUAAUAUUAUUGGCUAUGAUCUUAUCAAUGAACCAUACAUAAUGCUCGAUCAACAAGUCGGUAUUGAAGAUUUGUCAAUAUGCGAUCGUUCGUCAGAAAUUGGCGACUUACUGACAUACUAUGGGCAAAUGCUCGAUGUUAUUCGACGCGAAGAUCAUCAUACACCAGUCAUUAUUGAAUCAUCAUUUUGGGCAAAUUGGCGUGCCCUUCGUUUGUUGAACCUUAAACAGAGUCCAUUAUCAGCGUAUAUCCAUGAUAUUGAUCUAUUUAAGGUUUCAUUCCAUAUGUAUGAACCAAGAUUAUUAACAACAUAUCGUUUGAAUAAGAAUCGUUUCGGCUAUCCUGGUAUUUCAAGAAAUACUCCUGGAGCAUCUGUCUAUCUUCAAGAUACGCUCAAUGAAUGUCACAAGCAUGGUUGGAGUACAUGUCUUUAUGCAUUCCGUGAAUAUCAUUGGAGUAUGAUGAACUAUGAAUUAGGUGUUGAUAGAGAAAAUGAGCAUAUCAAAUCUGUUGGCAAUCCACUUAUGAAAGCAAUUACAGAAGCCAUACAAAAAUCAAGUUAA